GGCUGAUAGAGAGGCAGCUGCCCAGGGCAGGGGACUGUUUCCAAGCCUCCACCCCUGCUAACUGGGGUGCUGGGCUGGGAUGCAGCAUAACUCCCAUCACUCCACAGAGCCCAGGCCUGACCCCAGUGCUCCCUGCCAGCCUGGAACUGGCACCCAGGGGAGACUGGAGCUCCCCUUGGCUGAUGCUGGGGGGCAGAGCAUGGCAGGAGUAGCCCUACACUGAACUGGUCCGAUUGGGAGCAUAUUUGCUCCCAACACAUGCACGUGUAGACGCGCUCCCGGGGAAAGUUUAUAAUACCUUAUUUUACUGCACAGUGCAUUAGUAGCACAUCUGGAUGCACUCCAUGUGUCCUUGUUCAAUGGAAUGUAAUGCUCAGUGGAGUAAACAUUUAUUUUCUACCUCAUAAGGGUGGUAUCAGGAUCAACAUUACAUAUUGACAUAGAUUAUUUUAAAGGUAACUUAAAAUGAAAAAGUUAUUUAGAAAAUAGAACUGAUAGGGAGGAAGCUGAGUGCAAAACACUUCCACAUGUUUAAAUUUGCUAACAGGCCCAUGAAAACGGUAGGGAUCUCUGAACAUAUCAUGUGGAUUUGGGAAGCACUAUGGAAUCUUUGCUUCUUAGACACUUUUGGAACAAGUGCAUAGUACCCAUCACCCCACAGAGCUUUCUUGGUCUUUGAAAGGAAACUUUCCCCGUUUUCAUCAUACCAGCAUGCUGACAACUCAAAGGAAUGCCUGUCCCUAUAAAGCCACUAAAUGUAAACUCUGAAACACAAGCAAGGGGACAUUGCCCUCAUCAGAGAUACUCAGCUGAAAAAUGCCCAAAUCCCCACUCACCCAAAGCUGAACAGAAGCAUCUCAACUGAUCUCAAUUCUUGGGAGGCUAUCAAAAUGCAUGUGUACCAAAGGCUGGGGGAAGGGAGAAGAUUUAGGAAUGUGAAGGAAAUCAUAAAUCUGUCAUUUCCUAUCUAGUGCCUGACUUUGCAACCUUAAAUUUGUUCUUUUUAACCAAGGCUUUUAAAAACAUAAUUUCCUAUUUUUUUUUAAAAAGAUGUUAUUAUUUCAGCAUGCUGCCAAAAUCUGCCUGGGGAAUACAAGUGAAAGAAAGGAAAUGGUGAUUUUUAGUAGCUCACACCUCCCAUAAACCAGAAUGGAAUUUCAUGGGGUAAAGAAAAGUCACUUCUCUAGCCUGAGGGCUUUCUCCCUGCUGAAUUUCAAAGGUCUGCUGAAAAUUAAUAGAAAUGUCAGAGCUUCUCAUGAAAAGUUUGUAAGAAUCUUUUAUAUUGGAAAGUGCAAGGCAGCUUAAAUAUGGGGGUCACAACCAGCUUCCCCAGCCUAUGGCAUAUAAUAACCUAGUCUGAGGAGAAACUGUCCAACAGAAGCUGACUCCAAAUUAAUAGAUCUUAUUUUGUGAUUCUGACAACUCCAUCUUAAAGUACUCUACAGCCUGCCAUGCAGUCCUGAACAAACUGCUCAUCUCAGUUUUUAGAAAAGGUUGUUUGGGUAAAUCUGAUAUCUUUUAUUAGACCAAUUCAAACAGUUGGAAAAAUUAAUCUUGGCAAGCUUGUCUGCCUAUAUCCUUAGACCAAUAUGGCUACAACUUAUAUACCUGUCAUCUAAAUUUAUGCCUUCUAUAAGGCUUCUGUGCUCUGCUAGCUGAAUCUUGAAGUUUGUAUUCAAAUCUCCUAUUGAUACCAAGGGAAGCUCUGCCUAGGUAUAGAUCCAAGAUUAGGUCCGUAGUUCGUGGUCAUUCGCUAGGGAAUAAAUAAUACCCUCCCAGAGAGAAGUCUACAGGAGGGCAAGAAAACAAUUAGAAGAAUCAAUCACCUUCACUUCUCUCAGGUGGGUGAGGUUUGGGUGGAAUAGGGAAGACAAUGUAGCUUGCCAACCUCAUGGAUUAUGGGAAUCCAGAGGGAUGGAAAAUGCAUGUCCAGAGGAAGGUCUUCAUGUUUCCUUUAAUCUCAACAAGCGGCGAGGAUAACUGAGAGCUAGCUGAUCACUGCUUAACAAGAUUUUUAGCAAUACGGACGGUUUUAAUAUAAAAGUGCUAAGGGUUAGAAUAUGCCUUUCAAAUGAAGCUAUGCAGGAGGGGAAGGGGGAGUAAAAUCUGCAUACUUAUAUACAAUAGAGCUAUCACCUUAUUGCUGUUCACAGUGCAGCUGAAACGUGUGGAAAAGCUAGAGCUUCUUGCCUUGUACUCUCUUGUACUGCCUCAAGGAGAAGGUGAUUGAGUGACCCCUGCCUUGCCUCCACACGCAUAGUGAGGGUGAGGAACCUAACCUGCACCCAUCCUAGGCCUUGAGAUGGGAUGUUACAGCUCCAUUCCAGGCCCCUUCUUGGCCAGGCAGCUACACAUCCCCUCUUAUAAUGGGCACUAGUAAAGACUUAAUCUACUGUACUUACUCAAAUAAAAGAUGACCCUGGUUAUAAGAGCUCUAUCCAAUAAUUAGAUUCCAUAUAUGGAAAAUGUAUAUAUUUAUUAAAAUUUUCCAAUUAUUAGAAUCUAAUUAUCGGAGAUUUGCCUUAGAUUUGCCCUCUUCCCCUUGGUACAAGGAAAAUAAAUCUAGAAGAUCAGGUAAUCCCCCUGCUCUCUGGUUCCCCCCAGCUUCUUUCCCCAGCAGCCCCUUCCCCCUCUCUUUACUGUCAGGCCCUGCCUUCCCAUGGACAUGAGGAGCAAGUUUGAAAACAAUGAGCUUGACAUUAAGCAUAGUUAUAGUAAUUUUCAUAUAGUAGUCAUGGACUUAGUUGAUCCAGAACUGAGGCAAGUUACCUUUUCUUGAAACUGCUGCAAGUUUUAGCACAGGUACUCCAUAAACACAUGUUUAAGCAGCACUCUGGCACCUACUUAUAUAUAGCACAAACUGCUCGUGAUAUCAGUUCAAAGCCAAAAUCAGCAUUUAUGAUAUAGAGGGGGCUGGGCCCUACCAGAGUCAACAGGAUUUCAAGCCAUGGUGAUCCCACAGCUCAGCACUGCUCAGGAUCCAUGUGCUAAUUAGCCACCCAUGCAUGAAUGCAACUGGGUGUUCUUGUCACAAAUCCUGGGAUCCUCCACAAAUUUAUAUGUAGAUGAUGUUCAGGGCCACCUGGUCAAGCUUCACUUCACGGAGGGCAGAGCUACACUAAUCAUGUAUGACAAGCUAAGAUAGGGGGCAACAGAGGGAUUCUGGGUGAACUGUUUGAGGCCCUAUUUCAUGAUGUUUGUGAGGCAUUUAAGGUUGGUGAAGAAACAGGAAUUAUUGGAAAUGGGAAAGAAAGGCACAGCUCAGCUGUGGGAGUGAAAAGGAAGUAGAAAUGUAUCACCAUGGCUCACCACAACUUGAAAGAGUCAGCACGGGGGGGGAUGGGAGGGGGGACAGCAUUUAGUGGGCACUACCAUAUAUCUUAUUCAAAUGGGCUGUGAUAACCUAGCCUUCUGGGAGCGGGUGCGUUUAUUGUAAUGGGUGCGUGGGUUUCUUAAUGUGGUUUGAGGUGUGUUUGCACAAUACGGGUCAUGUGUUAUAUAGUCAUGUUCAGUGUUGGCUGUAUUUAAUUAACUUCAUAGUCUAUGUCCAUUACUGAGCACAUGGUACUUUUGGCAGCAGUUUAAUGAUGGCCAAUGUAUUUAACAAGAUUUCCUUGUACACGGAUGUAAGACAAGGGGCUUUUUUCCCCAUGCUGAUUGGAGAAAAAAAACCCUUGUCUUGUAUUCAAGUAAAUACAGUCAUUCUAAAACCAGGGACAUGGAGUAAACAAAUCAGCAAGACAGGAAAUUCUGUGUAAAUUAGUGAAAUUGUGUAAGGUGCAACUAAAAUAUCCUAUGUUUUAAGUUCUCUGGUAAUAAUAAAAAGAAAACACUACCCUGCGGCACUCAUCCAAUCAUUGGAUUCUCUCCUGAUUAGAAGGUGUACAUCAAAAGUAUACCUCGGGAAACUCAGCACCCCCUAGUCUAAGUGUAUCAGCCAUUUUUAGUAACAAAAUCCAUCAGACAUGCAACAAUUCCAGGCACUGAGUAUGAAUGAAAAAACCUAAAAUCCCAGCUGUACCGUAGGGCUGUCUUACACGACAAGGCAUGAGUAAUGAUAUUAACCCCCUACAGUUUAAAAAAUAAUGGCAUUACCACAUGACAGUUACUGCCUGAUUCUUUGAAAUCCCAGGGGGAAAGGGAUAGCUUAAACCAGCAAAUUAAAGAAAAUUCUAUGUUGCUCUAAAACAUUUUGUACUGUCCUCAACCAAACACAGGAUUAUCGGUCUACACCUGGACAAGGGACAUAAUCUGAUGAAAACCGGUGAGCCAUAUGGUGCCAUCACUUUUUAAAGCAUAACCCCUCAGUGGAAAUAAUAUAUAAUUGGGGUUUUAUUCCUAAAAUAAGUUGUUUCUACCGGCACUGUAGGGACAUGGCUAGGCUGCUAGGACAAAGGGAAGUGAUGAAUUUCAGUUUGCAAUGGUGAAUGUGAAGCUACCAACAGCAGCUUCCUUUUCUUUUGCACCUCACCCUUGCCAAGUUGGUGCCCAGGGUGGUUGCCCCUAUCACCCUCCCCAGUUACAUCAUUGGCUUCUACUCUGCUUAACAUAUUUGACCCGAUUCUUCCAUAACUUAUUUACACUUGAGCAAAUUAGAAAUAACUCAAGGUCAAUAAAAUUAUACCAUACAUAGAUGAGAGCUAAAUCGGGCCCAUUUUAUUUAUGUUUUAGUGAUCUUAGACAAAGUUUGUAUUUUGAAUAUAUUUUGGUUAAUCAUAUCGUUAACAUAGUGUCCAUUUUCAAAAGACAGUGUUUAUGUUUCAGCCAUGUGACUCCCAGUAAAGCUGUAUAGUCAGCUCCUAUGCAACACUCCCAAAUUUAUCCCUAAGAGUCAAUCCAAACCACAAAGAAUUAGGAUCAAAGGGAUAUUACAAAAAGUCACUGAUGAAAAGAAUUUGAGUUUUUCUUCUAUAGACUCCAGCAGGAUGCUUUCUUCUAUUAUUUUGAGAUCUGGAAUAGCACACAACCCUUUAAACACAUGCACACACAAAGAUUGCUCACGAAAGUAUCACCCAAGUAUUAUGCCCUCUUACACAUAAAGCUAACCCUGUGUAGGUGUGCCCUAGUGCCUUCAUUACUUUCUGAUUUCUGGUUUCCUUUCACGGCUUUUUUUCUGGGUACCCAGAUGCACAGAUUGGGACCCUGUUCAAUGCAACACAACACUUUAAAUAAAGACUGCAAUAUUAACAACUACGGAGCAGUUGUACCUGCAGGUAGGGAUAAAACUGAAUGUUGGCAUGUCUGACAAUAUAGACUGACUGCUAAACAGAAGCAGCUCCAGUAGAAAUGUACCUACUGUAUGUGAAAUGCUGGUGCAGAUUUUUUUUCUCUCUAUCACUCUAACCUUCUGUGUUGAUACAUGAAUGCUGGUACCCACUUACAGGGAUGCCAGAUGAUCAGUGCAGAAUGUAGGUCCCAGGAGAAAGGAUCACAUGGUUUUCUCUGCCUUGUGACGUCACUAGCAGAUGGCAUGGGUACCAGCUCUGGCAGUUGGCAUCAAUGUCACUUUUUAGAGAUCAAUGAGAUAGUGCAGAUAUACACAGAUCUAGACUCCAGGAGACGAUGCGACAUUCAGACUGAAAAGAUUUGGAAGGCAAAAAAUGAAAACUGAUUGUUGAAUGAAAUAAAAAGCUAAGGUAACGUAAGAUUAUAGAACCAUGUUAACACUACCGUUUGAUGAGUCUGUUGUAAUGCCAGAAUCCCAGAUGUGCAGAAAGUUUUCCAGAGAAAGUGAGGACCAAAAGCAAAUUAAAAAUCCAGAAAGCUUUUCAAAGCAGAUUGUACUCCGAGGAAAGAAUAUCAAAAGGGCCGCUGGUGAAGACACAGAAAAAGAAGAGGAGGAAGAAGACAGAGAGGAGGAGGAUGAGAAUGGUUUACCUAGAAGGAGGGGCCUUAGGAAAAAAAAGACAAGCAAGAUAAGAAUGGAGAGGAUCAAAUUCAGGCGACAAGAAGCCAAUGCUAGAGAAAGGAACAGGAUGCAUGGCCUUAAUGAUGCUCUGGACAAUUUAAGGAAAGUGGUCCCUUGUUAUUCUAAAACACAAAAACUGUCUAAAAUAGAAACAUUGAGAUUAGCCAAAAACUAUAUUUGGGCUCUUUCUGAAAUCCUGCGAAUUGGCAAGAGACCUGACUUACUCACAUUCGUCCAAAACCUGUGCAAAGGUCUGUCCCAGCCAACUACAAACUUGGUGGCGGGGUGCCUGCAGCUGAAUGCUAGAAGUUUCUUGAUGGGUCAAACCGGUGAAACUGCCCAUCACACAAGGUCACCAUAUUCCAGCUUCUAUCCUCCCUACCACAGCCCUGAGCUCAGCACUCCCCCAGGGCAUGGAACUCUGGACAACUCCAAGUCUAUGAAACCCUACAAUUACUGCAGUGCUUAUGAGUCCUUCUAUGAAAGCACUUCCCCUGAGUGUGCCAGCCCACAGUUUGAAGGUCCCUUAAGUCCUCCCCCAAUUAACUAUAAUGGGAUAUUUUCCCUGAAGCAAGAAGAAGGCUUGGACUAUGGCAAAAAUUACAAUUAUGGCAUGCAUUACUGUGCAGUGCCACCCAGGGGUCCCCUUGGGCAGAGCUCCAUGUUCAGGUUGCCUACAGAGAGUCACUUCCCUUACGACUUACAUCUGCGCAGCCAGUCUCUCACCAUGCAAGAUGAAUUAAAUGCAGUUUUUCAUAAUUAAUGAGGAAAAUGAAAAUAAACAGUGGUCAUUCACCUCCCCAUCUAAUUAAGAUAAAGCAGAUGCUUGUGCACUACGUAAUUGGCACAACUCUAGUUAGCGUGUUUACUAGUUUCUAAAGUGUGAUUCAACUAUUGUGGGAAUUUUCUAUGUACUAAUAAAUCUUUUUUCCUAUAAGUAUUUUUCCUUUUUUUUUUUUGUCUGUAAACACUGUGAGAUUCUGUUUCUUACCAGAGAAUUUCCCCCACCCCCUGCCUUUUUUUCCCUAUUCGCUUGAUUUGUUGAACAGUGUGUCUAAACAAUAUCAUUGAAAUAAAGGCAUACACACUGUAUAAAGUCAAUGUCUAUUUUGAUUGUACAAUUUGUAAUUAUACAAAUGCAUGUUAUUACAUUCAGAUGAAUAAAAAUAAUGUAUUUAUAAUGAGUAGAAAUUAUAUAUUAUGUAUUUAAGAAAUGGAUUUUAAAAAUUCUGAAGAAUUUUAAAAAUCUAUCCCUGAAUUGAGAUGGGCUUGUGGGUGUAGGGGUUGGGGGACAGCAAUAUUUAAAGCUAUGCAAAAAUAAAAAAAAUUUUGGAGGAUGGGAGGCCUGUAAGAUUAAAAAAGAGGUGAUCACCACUGACUGUUUGCUGACAGGGGCUAAAUAAUGUUAGACAAUGUUGUCAAAAUUUCACAUCAGUUAUUCUAAACCUAAUCAUACAACAGUAUCAGCACCUUUUUGUAUUAUUCUGAUUUCAGAUGUAAAGGUUUGUUAUAACAAUGUAUAACUGUGGUUUCGCACUACAUAUUUUAAAUGCAAUUAAACAGAGAUGUUUCCACUUUUAAAGUAUAUCUCUUAGCUGUGA